GUGAAAGUGACUUGCUGUCACCUCAGCCGAGGAGCUUUUAUGACUCUGGUCUGAAUAUCUUCGUUCUUUCGUGGACUGCAAGUUAGAGAAACAGAAGCCUCGAGCGUUUCAUCAUUUUCUCCAGCGUCUUUUUUGAGGCCAGUUGUUUGUGAUGGUGAACAGCAGGGUGGAGGCGCCCACCGUGGCCGUGAUGGGGGGGACAGCAAGUCGGUCGUGUGCCGGAUGCGGGGGUCGAAUCGCGGACCGCUUCCUGCUCUUCUCCAUGGAGCAAUACUGGCACACGCGCUGCCUCAAGUGCUCCUGCUGCCAUGCUCAGCUGGGCGAGUACAGCAGCACCUGCUACAGCAAAGGAGGCAUGAUCCUCUGCAGGAACGACUACAUCAGGCUAUUUGGACACAGCGGAGCUUGCAGCGCGUGCGGACAGUCCAUCCCGGCUAGCGAGAUGGUGAUGCGGACACAAGGGAAUGUUUACCACCUGAAGUGUUUCAUUUGUGCAACCUGUCGGAACCGCCUGGUGCCCGGCGAUCGCUUUCAUUACAUCAACGGAACAAUCUUCUGCGAACACGAUCGGCCAGGAGGCGGGCUACUCGGUGGGCACCCAACUCAAAUGCAAGCUAAUGGCAUCAUGUCCGACCAGAAGGUCUGCUGAGAAAACAUGAGUGUCUUCGCCAUCAGUCCUUCUUUUCUGCCCCUUCUACACCUUCCUCUUGUAAAGCCAGCUAGUCAUGCCUUUGAAGAUGACUUGAAAGUUACUUGCUUCAUUUUAGGGGUGGGGGGGGUCUUAGGAUUGUUGGUCCUCAAGACUGUCUUUUAUGAACUGUGGCAAUAAUAUUGUGAAGAUCAAGCAUGACUGUAAGGAUGGAAUCAGACAUUGACAUUUCCUACAAGUGAUACCAACGGAAAGUAGGGUGGCCUUUGCCCAGCAUUCCACACAGUGGAUAUUGAAUCUGGAGGUAACAGUGGGAGCAGAAGAACUCUACUCAUACAAAAUGUAUGAAGUUAUAUGGCAUCCUUUGAUUUUGUGUUUUCCCACACGUUGUAACA